AUGACACCCGCUGUCACCCGUCUACGUCUCGAGGGUUUGAAGGAAGCCUUCGACAAGUGCCAGGAGUUGGACGGCAAACUCGCCUACGUCGCUGAAGCUGAGACGAAACAAUCGCACGCGUACUUCAGUAAGGACCAAUUCUUGGUGUGUGAGGCCGCUUUCCACGAAGCUGCCGAGUACAUGGCUGAGGUACUCGCUAGCCACGCACCGCAUUCCGCUGCCGCACAUGAUGUAAGUGGAUCUUUUGAUUCGUUCCGGUCAACGUCGCAUCUACCGAGGAUCAACCUACCGACUUUCGAUGGGAGUUUCGACCAGUGGGAAAGUUUCCGCGACAAAUUUAAGUCUAUGAUCGUUAGCGAUCCUACCUUGGCAAACGUCGAUCGGAUGCACUAUCUUUGUUCAUGUGUAAAAGGGGAUGCCAGUCAUGCUCUUGACCAUCUCGCGGUUACGAAUCAUAAUUUCGACGUCGCGUGGAAAGUUCUUACCUCUCGGUACGAUAAUCAACGGUGUCUCAUUACAACACAUUUGUUAACGCUUUUAAAUUUACCGUCUCUUAACUCGGAAACCUCUGACGACCUUCGUAAACUUCGCGAUCAAACAAACCGAGCUAUACAAGCAAAUACUAUAGAUUAUAAUACAUCCAACUCUUGA